AGGUUAGGCAUUGAGCUAUUUCUCAUGCUUCUCAAAAAGACCCCAUACUUAUUUGGUGGCUAAAAGCCUAGAACUCUAGAACUAUCCAAUUCAUAUGUUGUCCCAUGACUUUUUAAUGCCUUGCCAACAUAAGCUCACUAAGUUGAGUUCAAUUAAUAUUAUUGGGCCAAAUUGGGCCAACACAACAGCCCAUUUCACCCUACACAAAAAAACCAAGCCCCUUUAUUAUUCAACUCAGAUCCCACCAUCCACAACCUCCUCACAAUGGAAACCUCCAACACACAAACCACUGCCGUCGACGGCGUUGCCGACACUAAAACCUCCGACAAUCUAAUCACCGACGAAAUCAACUCACUCCACGAACUCGCACUUCGAGGAUCAUGGAAUACAAUCCUCGAAAAAGUAUCAGCAGCAAGAUCAUUCUCUCAACUCCGAUACCCUCACGAACACCUCGUCUACCUCGCCUUCAACGCCGUCGCACUUUCCAAACUCCGUCGCUACUCCGACGCUUUAGACGACAUUGAAUCUUCCCUCGAAAAUCUCGACAAUUCUUCCUACCGUUACGAAUCAUACCCGAAUGUUUACCCGAAUCGAACCGGGUCGAUGAUACCCUUUUCUCUUCGAUGGCUUCAAGCUCUUCUUCCUUCUUUUCUGGGCCGCCGGCCCGAUUCUCUGGACCGGUUGUAUCUUCUUCUGCAAUUUGUUCGUGCUCGCAUUGAUGAGGGUUGUAAUGGGGAGGUUUGGCGGAGGAGAGAGAGUUUCGUUUUGUCGACGAUUAUUAGUCAUCAUUCGAAUCAAAAGGAAUUUGGGGUUUGUUUUUCUUUGGUUAAAGAGAUGUUGAAGAAAGAUAUGGGUAAUUUAUCGUUGAUUUCGAAAUUGGGUUAUGUGCAGUUGCAAUUUGGUGAUUUGGAAGGUGCGAAAUUGUCGUUUCAGAAGGUUGAGGGUUUGAUGAAGGAGAAAGAGGAGAAUUUGAGUGUUGAAGUUCGGAAUUUGGUGGGGAGAAAUAAGGCGUUGAUUUAUAUGGUUGGGAAAGAUUAUGUUUCGGCAGUGAGGGAGUAUGAUGAAUGUAUUGAAAGAGAUGGUUCCGAUGUUGUUGCGAUUAAUAAUAAGGCGUUGUGUUUGAUGUAUUUGAGGGAUUUAUCGGAUUCGAUUAAGGUUUUGGAGAAUUCGCUUGAGAGAGUUCCUACUGUUGCGCUUAAUGAAACUUUGAUUGUUAAUCUUUGUUCUAUGUAUGAAUUAGCUUAUGUUAAUCACACUGAUAUUAAGAAGACUCUUAGUAAUUGGAUUGCUCGGCUCGCUCCUGAUGACUUUGAUCCUUCUUGUACCCGGAUUUGAGGUUUUGAUCAAAAUGGAGUGACAGAAUUGAUGAAGAUCUCUUUUGUAGGCCGAGAGCUCAUUUGGAUGUGUUUCGUACACGAUGUCAAUUUCCCCUCUGGUGGUCUACUGUUAACAAUUGCUCUUUUAACCCGGUAACAACAGUGCCAUGCUGGAAUUAUAAAUUUGCUUGAUUUGUGGAGAUAGUAUAUCUGUAACAGCAUAUAAAGGCGAUUUGUGGAAGUAGUAUAUCUGUAACAAGCAUAUAAAGGCUCAAGAAAGAAAUAAGCUGUGUACAGGAUUGUGUGGUUUCAUGUAGUGCUGCAUCUAACUAUCAGAAUUCAAGUUCUGUAGCUCAAUUGCUGUAGGCCUGUAACCUGUAAGAGUGUUUGAUGGUUUAAUUUAAUCUCUUCUUUUUACUUUUUUUUGUUAGAAAAAUUAUGUUUUGCUCAACUAUUUGUUAUAGACUACGCAGAGAACAUCAUGCAAAGCUUUUGGAUUUGUUGUA